GGCGCUGCGGGCGGGUCCCGCGGACACUCCUCUGAGCCAACAACUUGCGCUGGGCUCGGGCCCACGCCCCAAGGAGUUAAACCUCGCUCGUGUCACCCAGCGGCUUAUAAGGCGGGGAGGCCCGGCCCGCGCCUUAGUGGGAGCCUCUGGGGUUUAUUCUCUGCCCUGCUAACUUGACACUAAUUUUUAGCUGGGCUCAAAACAUGCAUCCCUGUUUCAAAGUACAUGCAAUUGCAGAGCCUGAAAACCAGGAUUCAUGUGCAACAGCCCAAAGCAGAAGAUUGAACUUCCCCUUCAGUGUUAAGUCCAGUGCUUUCCCUUGCUUAUGGUGUUAAGAUUAAGAAUGACCGAGAAGAAACCACAGCUUUGUUCCGGAGCCAAUGUUUAUACUCAAGUGCCUGACGGAGGGUGGGGCUGGGCAGUAGCUGUGUCUUUCUUCUUCGUUGAAGUCUUUACCUAUGGUGUCAUCAAGUCGUUUGGCGUCUUCUUUACUGACUUAAUGGACAGUUUUGAGGAAUCUAAUAGCAAGAUCUCAUGGAUCAUAUCAAUAUGUGUGUUUUUCUUAACGUUUACAGCCCCCCUCUCCACCGUCCUGAGCAGUCGCUUCGGACACCGCCCGGUGGUGAUGGCGGGAGGCCUGCUGGUCAGCGCCGGGAUGGUGGCGGCCUCCUUCUCCCAGAAGGUGUACCACAUGUACGUCGCCAUCGGCAUCGUCUCCGGCCUGGGCUACUGCUUCAGCUUCCUGCCCGCUCUCACCAUCCUGUCUCAGUACUUCGACAAGAGGCGCUCGAUCGUCACCGCAGCGGCUUCCACGGGGGAAUGCUUUGCCAUGUUCGCUUUCGCACCAGCAUUCACGGCCCUGAAGGAGAACAUCGGCUGGAGACACAGCCUCCUCCUGGUGGGCCUGCUGCAGCUAAACAUCGUCCUCUGCGGGGCCCUGCUGAGGCCGAUUCUCAUCACGGGGCCGGGGUCCCCGAAAACAGCCGGACAGGAGACUGCAAAGGAAGUGCAGUACAUGCUGGAGAACGAGAAGACGCGAACCUCGAUAGACUCCAUCGACUCAGGAGUGGAACUCACUACCUCACCUAAAACCGUGCCUGGCCACGCGGCCGCGGAGCUGGGGCCAAAGGCCGACGUGGAGCAGCAGGUCCUGGAGCAGCCCCGCCCCCCGCGAGGCCCCCUGCUGGACUUCUCCGUCCUGAGGGAGAGGAGCUUCAUCUGGUACACGCUGUUCGGUCUCUUUGCGACGCUGGGGUUCUUCGCCCCUUCCUUGUACAUCAUCCCCUUGGGCGUCAGCCUGGGCCUCACCCAGGACCGCGCUGCCCUGCUGCUGUCCAUGAUGGCCAUCGCCGAGGUGUUCGGGAGGAUUGGCGCCGGCUUCAUCCUCAACAGCCAGCCCAUCCGCAAGAUCUACAUCGAGCUCGUCUUCGUCCUCCUGCUGACCGUGUCUCUGUUUGCCUUUACGUUUGCGACUGGGUUCUGGGGCUUGAUGUCCUGCAGCAUAUUGUUUGGCGUCAUGCUCGGGACCGUGGCGGGCACCCACAUCCCCCUGCUGGCGGAGGACGACGUGGUGGGCAUCGAGAAGAUGUCUUCUGCCGCCGGGGUCUACGUCUUCAUUCAGAGCAUCGCGGCGCUCGCCGGGCCACCCCUGGCAGGGCUGCUGGUGGACCACAGCAAGGUGUACAGCAGAGCCUUCUACUCCUGCGCAGCGGGCAUGGCGGUGGCGGCGGGGUGCCUGGCGCUGGUGAGGCCCUGUGGGAAGGGACUGUGCCGGCGCCAGCCCGCGGGCGACGGGAAGGCGGAGAGCUACCGGGGGAGAGCUUUACAAGACGUCCCUGAAGACUUCCUUGAGAUGGACCUUGGGAAGCAGGAGCAUAAAGUUCCUAUGAAAUCGGAGCCGGAAUGACGGACAGACCCUGGUACAUCAGCCACCCUGCUGGCUGGCUGGGGGGGAGGGGGCGCGUCUGGGGGCACCGUGGUGUAGAGGAGCCGAUCGUCCCACCUGCUUUCAAACGGCACUCUGCAGGGAAUGGGGCCGCGGGCACCACCAACAGCAUCCUUCUUUUUAUGCUUUCCCGUCUGCUUGUUCUUUAAGCCAAAACAGAAACAACCAAAUACUCUUCCGUACAGAAACCGGGCUGCACCCCGGGGCGACGCAGAGGUACGCAGGAGCACCGUGGUUCACACUCCGGGUUUGAAACAGCGAUGCCAGUCGGCACAGUGGCUGUAAGCGCAUCUCCCGUAUCUCACCCGCUGUCCUGUAAAACGGAUUCUAGCCCAGGUCGCUGAAAUGAAAUUGGCCAUUCCAAAAUGCCCACAAACAUCCUAAAUCACUUUUCCAGUUUCUCACUUUCAGAAAUAUGAACAAAUCAUUUAACACUCUUUGAAAAAUACUGAGGUUUUAUAUUAAAGACGUGUAACCUCUUAACUUCUUACAUAGUCAGUGGACAUGAAGUACACUUUAAGAGCCAACAUUUGGUUGAUGGCCAGCCAUUACCAGAAGUAUUUCACACGGGAUAUACGGAAUAGCAUUCAAAAUGCACUUCCUGAGGCUCUUAAUUAUUCAGGAAUAUGUGAUGGUCGUACCUUUAAUGUAAACCACUAUUUAUUAUUAAGUUAUUCUAGGAUGACUGACAUCAUCACGAGAAAUACCACCUAGGACACCCGCAUCCCUCUCGCCUCCCUCGGCAAUCCUUUUCUUUUCUUUUUAAAUAUA